ACCAGGUUACGAAUGGAAAGCCAAGGUGAACAAACUAUUCAAAAACAGGCAUAUCCCAAUGCCAAAAAAAAUGUAAUAGGCCUAUAUCCUUGAACCUCGAAAAUCAGGAAUAAAAUUUACACAGCAGUUACUGAGAAAUUGGUAAAAUACGGACAUUGAAAACCAAAUAACAGCAACUAAGAAUGAUAUUCAUAUAUAUAAUGUUGUUGCUAAUUACUUGCUGGGUCAAUCAAGUUCAAUUAGAGGAACUAUGAUAGAAUACGUCGAGAGGCGGAAGUAAAAAUUGUCAAAACAGGUUAGUACUGACGUUGUGAUCAGUACUUGCUUAUUGUAAAAACACGAAGCUUGGUACACAAAAAGCACAAAAGUGGUUUUGAAUAGACCAUUAUGACUUGCCCAGUCUUUAAUGCCAGGCACCCUGACUCCAGUGACCCUGCGGUUAUUGGCGAAUUUGUGCUCGUGCACGUUUGUAGGAAAGACAUACCGUAUUCUAGCAAAAUGGAGGACUGACUCUGGAUACAUCUGACGCAUUUCAUGGUAUAAAAUACUGCUCAUUGGGUUAAUGAUGUCUUCCAAAAAUGAUGUGAGAAUUUCCGUUGUUUGGGAACUCUUCAUGUUUUUAAUCGUCAUUGCUCGGCUCCUACUCACAGCAAAGGGGGACACCGGCAGUACAGGAAUCGAUAGUUCGCAUGCAGGGGAAAACAACAAAGUCACAUGUAGAUGUUCGAGUACACCACAUUCCUCGCGCUUGACUUGUCAGACGCCCAUUAAUGAGUGUGACAAAACACUCAACAUAUCUCAUGGAGGAUCCUGCUACAGGUUCGUUACCGAUGACUCCAAGUCACGCAAUGAUGCCCAAUUGAACUGCAUUGAGAACCACGGUCAUCUCGUUUACAUCGAAUCGGAGGACGAGCUACAAUUUUUGCAAAUGACUGCAUCCCAUUCGUCCUCACUUCAUGAGACUGAUUACUGGAUUGGACUGAUUCCUUUACCGACUUGGCCAGAUGGUUCAUUACUACCUCCCGUGUUGUUGCCUGUCAGGAACAGCCAUGGUACCAGCUGCUUCUACCUUAAUACUGUUCACUUGGACAUAAAUAUUGUCGACUGUGAUCGUUCAUAUCGUUUUGUUUGUGAACAACCCAGAGUAGCUGGUGAAUCUGAUGGUUCUUCAGAAUACCUCUGUGACUUUGAAAAUUCUUGCUAUCGAUUUUAUAACUGGUCAUCACGAAUGUCAUGGCAUGAUGCCCAAACAACUUGCGAGAGGAACGGCGCUCAUCUUCUUCGUAUUCAAACGAAAGCUGAGCUGGAUUAUAUUACAGAUAAGGUUGGCAGCAGAUGGAGGCGUAUCUGGAUCGAUAAUAUUACAGAGUACAGAUGGAUGGAUGGUAAUCCAGCAUUAUCGAGAUUUACAUACUCAUCUGAUGGUUCUCAUGGCAAUUACUGCCUUCGAUUGAACCAUGCACAGUCAUUCGAAUUAAAUGACCACAAAUGCAGUAGGUUGUUCGGCUACAUCUGUGAACGUAAGGAGGUCCAAUCUCCCGACGAAUUGAAGGCAUUUAUGUCCUGCCCUGCGACGAUACCGGACAAUUUGGUGCGGCUCGGAAGGUCUGGUGCCCUAUGUUUGUACGAUCUCGAUGACGGUUAUUCUCCACCCGUGUUACGCGAAUGCAAAUCAAGGCAUGUCAUCGACGAAUGUGGCUGCUCUAUGCAGACAAAUGGGAAAACAACUGUGAAAUGUGGUUGUGGGUUCUGUGAACUCGAAAUCAGUCAGUUUGAAGAAGACAGCGCUGAAACGGUAUGGCCAUCCAAUUUCAGCUGUAUCUGCAGUGGAGAUGAAUCCCCAUUCAAUUUGACGAUCGUCAACGGAGAGUUAACCUGUGUGUCCCAUGACCAGGAAUCCACAACUGCAGAGAGUACACUAUUGACAGUAACAUCUCAACCAGAUGGUUUGAGACCCACUAAUACAAGGCUUACUACUAACAAACCAAAGACUACAACAGAUUCUGGAGGGGGCAGAGACCCAGCUGACCAAGUGGGUGUACCGAUCGGAAUCCCCGUGGCAGUCACUCUGGCUGUAUUGUUUUUCUUGGUGGCACUUGUUGUUGGCUUUAUCUGGUGGACAAGACGCAGACAGAAGAGCAACAAGGGGCCUACCAAACCGCUGACAUCAGAUACACGCGUUGUUGAGUCACACACGAUAAAUGUAAAUCCAACAUAUGCAGUAGACGAUGAUGAUCACGUGACUGAAGACAUUUUCAAACCAAUCACACCGGCUCGUCAGAGAAGGGUUUCAAAGCCACAAGCUGAUAAUAUCUAUACCGACAUAAAGCCAAACGACCAGGCAGCCAGCGAAUCAGAGUGUUACGCUACUAUUCAGUCUAAUGGAUACACUCCGGACAAGUCCAAGGAUAAAAGGGACCUCCACAAAGCCCUACAUGACACUAAUUACAGCAACGAAACCAAGAAUACACCCACCCCGGCUACUGGAUACACUGCUUACAAACCACAGCGUGGAAAUGAUGUGUACACANGACCUCAAGAAAACUCAGAAUGAGGCUGACAGUGAUGACGACCCAGCGGUUUACACCCUAAUCCCAAACAACAGUUCGAAACCAGAUAAAGAUGGCAGUGAGAACGAGUAUGUACAACCAGAGAACAAGGCACCACCAGCUGGUCAGCGGAUUGGUGCUGGGGUUUCCAAGGCAACUAAUCCGCAACUCAAGCUAAAAAACCUGACGAAGGACAGCGAGUACGUGGACGUAGAUGCUCCAGCUACAGCUGUUGGGGAUUCGGAUCAAAAGGGGCGUAGCGAUUAUGUUGACGUAGAUGCUCCUGCGGUUGUGUUCAGUGAUGUCAGUACACCAGCGAUACAAAGCAAGCAGCCAAUUGGAAUCAGUGGGUACGUCAGCGUGGAUGGUCCUUCGACAAAACUGCCUGAAAGCCAAGAUCAUAACUACUACCAACUAGAGAAUCCCUCUGAUAAUGAUGAAGGCGAAUACAGUCUGGCGCCUACAGAUAACGCAUACGACACCCUCAAUCAUGCUGGCGCUCAACGUCCAAGUUUGAAUGUCCCAACCGAGGACGGCAUCUACAACCCCACAGAUGAUGCGGAAAAUAAUGAAUAUAAUACCUUCAAUCGCGCAGGCAAUCGACGCCCGAGUAAGAAUGUUGAAAGUGAUGAUGGCGUCUACAGCGUUACAAACCCACCAGACAACAAUGAAUACAACACCUUCGAUCGUGCAGGCGAUCGACGCCCGAGUAAUAAUGUUCCAACUGAUGACAGCGUCUACAGCGUUACAAACCCACCAAGAGCCAAUGAAUACAGCGCCUUUAAUCGUACAAAUAAUCGAGGUCUUAGGCAUAAUAUUCCUAUCAAUGAAGGUGUUUACAGUCUCACUGACCCGCCUCAAGGCGAUGUAUAUUCCACUGUUAACCGUGGCGGCCGAAAAGAAGUAUCCGGGGUACCAGCAAUUACUACCGAGGAUGAAUAUUCAACUUUGACCUAAGAAGGAAACUUCCUCCAUUCAAACAUCGUUUGCAGUCACCCAUGUAGAGACUUUAAUACCAGAUUGGUUAUGAAAUGGGACCAAUAAAAUAAAUCAGCAAUUAGUCUGUCAAAGGAACACUGAAGUCUAUUAUAAAAGCCACAUUGAGUUCCGUUAUUGGCAAUUGCUUCCAUGUAAGGCAAGAAUGUUACAUUGAUUCGUAGAGUCAUUCGAAUACUGAGUUUAGUAUUUGCUUGACACUGUCAUCGACGAAAUCUACCGAUAUUGGCAACUGUUUAUAAAUAAGCUGUCAAGGCCAUAAAUGCAAGUUUGUCACUAAGUUUAAAUUUAGAGUUGGCAGACAGUUUCCUUGGUGAUGACUAGACGUUUUAACCUGAAUUUGGAAAUACCUCAGACAGUCCCCUUAUGCAACAACGUGGAACCGUGCAGAAACAUUUGAUAAUGCCCGCUAAGUAAAUCACCCACUGACGCCUGGAUACGGGACAGUUUAAUCUAUUCUGAUUGGUCAAGAGUCUGUGUGCAUGAAACUCGCCACGCGUGCACAAUGUCCAUAUAAGGAGGUUCUUUUGGACAACUGUAAAAUGAAAUGGAACGGGGUGUUUGGGAAAAUUAAACCAAAUUCUAGAACAAAUUGUUGGAAAUCUGUCACAUGUUCACCCCUUGUUACUCACUCACUACAAAAGGUAUUCGUGAAUGGGAAAAAUAUAAUGUUUGGCCAGUCUCACGUUUAGGACCGGCUCAGGGGACUGAGCGCUGAUAAAUGCCCUUGCAUGCAGCUUGGGCAUUAGUUGCAUAUAUUCUCCUUAAGGUGCCUUUCCAUAUAUGCGAUAUUUAGGUGCGUUGCGUACGCGAUGCGUUCAUGUGUUUCGCUUACACGCAAAAAAAAAACCAGACUCCACUAACAUAACACACGUGUGCGUUGCGUUCAAAAACGCUCAGGGAGCGAUUUUGACAGAUACGCAACGGUUGGCGCAAAAUGUUGAUGCACAUUUGGAAAGGCUCCUUUAGCUGGUCUCUUAAACGCACGUUUAAGACCGGCCAAGCACAUAUUUGAUCCCUUAUUAAUUUCCACCAUCCAAUUUUUGCACUGCUAAAUCCCUCAUUGUGAAGAUAUUUGUUAUUUUCUGUUUCGUUAUUAACUCCUUUGUCUAUUCUUUCUGAUGUACGAUGCCACCUUAAGUUCUACAUGAUGCGUUACUUUGCUGACAUGACACGUAAUCAAAGUCACAGGAAUACAAAUGGGAACAAUAAUGAAAGAACAUAAUGGUCAAUAAACAGAAUGUAUCGUAGAUCACAAACGGAUCGCAACACAUCUAGGACCAUACCGCGUAAUGAUAAAAAAUCAAAUCAAGACAACGAAAAUUGAUCUUUGAAUCUUGAGGGUAUGUAUGCUAGUUAGGUUUGCUGGUUGAUCUAUUGCAAUCUUUAGCAUUAGAGAAUGUCAUUCUCGCAAACACAAAAUAUUCAGACCCUGUGAUUAAUACUACAGAACCUUAUUGUAUGUUUUUCUUUGUCUUGUGUGGAGCAUAUCUCCGGACAGGUUUAAGUGACUCUUUAACAAUGCUCGUAAAAUUUUUGAUAAAAUCAAGCUGUCUAAUUUUAUAUAUUCAUUGAUACUUUCCACUGGGAUUCCCAUUUUAAUAAAAAUUGAAGUCCAAUGCUCCAAGACAUUAAUUGAUCUUGAUUAACAUUAUGAUAAACUCUUCAUUGUAUAUUCAUGCAUAUAGUUGGUUGUCGGUUAGACGAAUAUUAUGAACUAACUGUAGAAAUAUGAGACUUAGGUAAAGGAUUCAGCCGCCUAUAUCCGUUUAUCCAUUAAUGCGUUGGUAUUCAGAAAUAUGUUUUAGCAAACAGCAACUAACAAAAGGUAGAAUUUGCCAUGAGAGAAAUGCACAGUGUAUUAAAAAAUGAAUGAAAUGCUUGAAUUUAAUUUCCAUACAUAUACUAUUUAGGUUUAAUUGCUUGUUAUAUAUGGGGCAAAUUUCUUAAAGUGGUAAAAUGGAAAAUGCUACAUGCGACUUAAUAUAUGUGACCAUCAAAGAACAGGCAACAUUUUGCCAAUUUUUGAUCUUUAAAGCGUUAGUGUCAAUUUUGCUGGGUGGUAUAAAUGCUCCAUGAAGUAGAACAUUUUUAAAUUUAGAGGAUUUUUAGAUGUUUGGAACUGAUAGAGAUCUUUUAAAUACGCAGAUUUAAUUGAUGAAACUGUAUUGUACUGGAGUAUAGUAUAUAACGGAUAUUAAUCACCAUGAUUCCUUUCAAUUCUGUUAUUGGUAAAAGCCAAUGUUUUUAAUGAGUAUAUUUUCAUUUCACAAUUUUAAUAGAAAACCUAUAAAACGAGCAGAUCAUUAGUUGAUUUACAUAACAGCAACAGUUACAUCAAUACAUGAAUAAUUCAAAACAUGCGCGUUCCAUACACGAAUAUAAAUAGGAAUCAGAAAUAUUUUUUCUCUGCUCACUGUCACUUAUCUCUUCUUGAAUGGGUGCGUUUUUAUAUCUGUAAGCUCACAAUCGUUAUGGAAAAGGACGAGGUUGGGCUGCGAGAUGCUUGUUGAACAAUAAAUGGGAAAAUUUA